AGGGGUUGGCCCUUAAAUAAACUCAAAGAGGUGGAUGUCAAUCAAAUUUUUAGUUAUUUCAGAAAAAAGUGACGCUAUAGGGCAGAAGAACCCUCUGGGCAACUGCCUGUGAGAUCACAACAGGGAACCCAGGCAUGGUUCCAUCUGCACUCCAGCCAAAGGACCCUCAGUCCCGGCCCCAGCAGUCUCAGCCCUGGCCCCAGCACUCUCAGCUCCGGGAGCCGUGGAGGAGAGCAGAUGGACACAAGCCACAAGGCUCUUCCUCCCUCCCCGGCAUCCCUCCGGAGUGCCAGCCAUGCUGAAGCCUGCAGUCGUCAUCGACAGCGGCAGCAGCUUCACCCGGGGUGGCUUUGCGGGGCAGAGGCAGCCCCAGUUCGUUCUAAGGACUGUGCUGCUGCACCCCUGCAGUGCAGGCCCCAGGAGGGACAGCCAGCAGCAUCCCACUGCCACGGGAAGAGCGGAAGGCUUCGCCGCAGCACCCAGGUCCUGCCCGCUCCAGCACGGCAUCGUUGAGGAUUGGGAUGGCAUGAAAAGCCUGUGGGGCCACCUCUUCUCCUGCAGCCUCAGAGUUCCGCCAGAGGAACACCCGGUGCUCCUGGCUGAGUCCCCGUCCUGCCCUGCCACCGACAGGGUGAAGGCAGCCGAGGUGCUUUUUGAAAGCUUCGGGGUGCCGGCCCUGCACAUGGCCAACACCGGGUUCCUGUCCCUCUGCGCCCACGGCAGAGUCACCGGGCUGGCCGUGGAGGCCGGGGCGGGAGUGUCCCACGUCACCACCGUCUGCCUGGGCCAGACCCUGAGGAAGGGCACCCAGCGCCUGGGGGUGGCCGGGGAGCUCCUGUCCAGCCACCUGCACCGGCUGCUGCUGGAGAGCCCCAACCAGCCCGCGGCGCUGCACGCCCUGAGCAGGAAGACGCUGUCCCAGCUGAAGAAGCAGUGCUGCUACGUCUCCCUGGACUAUGAAAGAGAUCUCCAGGACCAAGGUUGCCACCAUCCAGCCCGAUUCCAGACGCCAGAUGGGCGCUGGAUAACCCUGGGCAAGGAGCGUUUCUGCUGCCCGGAGCCGCUCUUCCAGCCCAAGCUGCUCCAGCAUGGCUGCCCCGGGCUGCACCAGCUGGCCUGGCAGAGCCUCCAGACGGUGCCCGACCACGCCAGGACGGACGUGCUGGGCAACAUCGUGCUCUCAGGUGGCUCCUCCAUGUUUCCUGGCUUCCCAGAGAGGAUGUGCUUAGGGUUGAACCUCCUUUCCCAAGGCACAGGUGUCCAGAUUGACGUCCUGGCGAGCCCGGAGAGGGGCACGGCAGCCUGGCUGGGGGGCUCCAUGGCAGCGUCUCUCACGUCCUUCCAGCGCGCGUGGAUGACAAAGGGCGAGUACCAGGAGCACGGAGCUGAGUAUGUGCACACCAAAUUCCAGUAGAUAGAUGGCAGCCAUCCCACCAGUCAAGCUACAGGAGGACGGACUCCAAAAUACCACCUUGCCCCGGGCAGAGCUGCGGCAGCAGUGACCGAGGGCAGCUCCCGCGCUGCUACAGGGAAGCAAAGUCAAUUAAAGUGCUCCAAAAGGAACAAA